UGUUUUGGUUUUGUUGUGUGAUAGAAAACAUGUGCUCAUAAAAUGUAACAAUUUUAUUAGUCUAAUAUCACUGAUACAAUCAAUAGAGUAAUUCCAAAAAUCAUCUAAAUAUCAUAAAAACAACUUGAAUCAUUAAAAAUUAUUAUUGAAUAAACUAGCAAAGAUGUCAGUUACAUCAUCAAAAUCAGCUGCCAACAGUGUAUCAUCAAUAUUAAAUAAAACUGGACUAAGAACAAAAUUAAUUGCUCAACGUAAUCGUGUGUCAUUUCAACUUCCCAACAAUCUUGAACAAAUUCUUCUUACUACUGGUGAUACAACAGCAAAUAAAGCUUAUCAUAAUUUACUUUGUAUACUAAAAGAUGCUGUAAUCAAGGAUCAUGAAUUGUUACUUUUACUUGAUGAAUUUCGUCAAUGUAUACCUCAUCUAAAUACAUUUCAUUCAAUCAUCAUUGAGGCUCUAUUGGCAAUUGAUUGGAUUGAAAGACCACCAGAUGUUAUCACAGCAUAUAAAAUAUUUUUUGAAGAUUUAAUAUCUGUUCAUGUUGGUCAUUGUAAAUUGGCUAUUGACAAACUUGUUUUGUAUUUAAAACCAUUAACACCAGAUGAUAAAGAAUGGCCAGACUGUGAACCAACAGAAAAAGAUAAACAAAGACUUGAAAAUAUCCAUGAUAUUUUUCGUAAACUUUUAAAAAUGGUACCAAUGUCAAACAACUUAUUAUUUCAAGCAUUGUCAUCUAGCUUUCCAUACAUGAAAGCAUCAACUCAUGCACAUGAAAUUUACAUAAAUUCUCUAUUAAAAGUAACUGAAUAUGCACCAGAAUUACGUUCUGAAAUAUUAUCAUUGAUAAUAAAUAAAUUAUUAAUACUUGAUGUACAUGCACCACGUGCAUUAUUAACAAAAGAAGAUGAAGAUGAUGAUGAUGAAAUAUUUGAAAUUGAUCAAUUAAAUGAUAAAAAUAAAAAAAUCCAUCCAAUUGGACAUACACUAGAUAUUUGUAUGAAAAUAAUGCUUAAAUAUAUAAAACAAUUUUGUCAUAAUAAAGAUGAUGUUAAUGAUGUUAUUGAUAAAGAUAAAGCAACAAUAAUAUAUUAUGAAUUUCUUCAUAUAUUUGAUAAAUUAAUAUUACCAACAUUUGCAAGUCAUCAUAUACAAUUUAUUAUGUUUUUUAUAUCAAGUUUAAAUGGUGGUUUACUUGAUGGUUUUUUAACAUAUUUAUGGCAGAAAGUUAUAAAUGUUAAUGUUGCACCAGUAUUAAGAAAAUCAGCAGUAUCAUAUAUUGCUAGUUUAUUAGCACGUGGUAAUUUUAUAACAAUAAUUAUUAUGAAAAAAAUUAUAUUUGAUUUAUCAGAUUGGAUUAAUAAAUACAUUGAGAUAUAUGAUAAUAAACAAGAUUUAUCAAUUGAUCCAAAAAUACAUACUGUUUUUUAUUCAACAUGUCAAGCAUUAUUUUAUAUUAUUGCAUUUAGAUGCAAAGAUUUUAUUGGUAAUAAACAACAUAUAACAUUUCUUGAUAAUUUAAAAUUAAAUAAAAUAAUUAGUUCAAAAUUAAAUCCAUUAAAAUAUUGUUUAACAACAGUUGUUGAUAUAUUUUCAAAAGUAUCAAAUAAUUUACAAAUUGCAUAUUGUUCAAGUAUCAUUGAACGUAAUUCAAGAACAAAUUUACCAGUUAUACAUAAUCAGCAUUGUUUUGAAACAUUAUUGGAAACAUUUUUUCCAUUUGAUGCAUAUGUUUUACAAGAAAGUAGUCAAUUAAUAUUACCACUUUAUAAAGCAUAUGAGAGUAUAUUUAAUGACAAAGAAAGUGAUGAUGAUGAUGAAGACGACGAUGAAGAAGAUGAUGAUGAAGAAAAAGAAGAAGAGAAUGAUGUUGAUGAUUUUAUUAUGGAUUGUUCAUCACCAAAAGAUAAAGGUUCAUGGAAUGCAAGAGAUAAACUUUUAUGCAGCACUUCUCCUGGUUUUUUUAAUUAAUUUACUUUUUUUUUUUUUUUUUUAUAAAAUUAAUUGUCAAUCAAUCAAUUAUUGCAAUGUCUAAGAGGUAAAUCAAAAACUUUUUUUUUUUUUCUCUACAAAUUUUUUGUGUUUAAUUAAUCCAAUGUAAUUAUUAUUUAAUAAAAACUAUAUUAAUAUUUUUUAAGA